AUGUGCAGAGCCGACAUCUACAGCACAAGGGAGAGGGAGAGGUUUCAGCACCACGGAGGUGGACAGCGCCACACAGGCGGACAGCAGCUGCUGCUGCAGCCUCAAGCGCUCAUCAGAAACUGCCGGCUCCACGACUCCGUGAAGCUGAUCAAGUUCGCGGACGACACCACCCUCAUUGGACUCAUCUCCAACAACGAUGAGUCCGCCUACAGGAGGGAGGUGGACCGGCUGGUGUCCUGGUGCAGUGGUAACAACCUGGAGCUGAACGCCCAGAAGACAGUGGAGAUGAUUGUGGACUUCAGGAAGAGCACUGUCCCCCCGCCCCCACCCUCCGUGAUGGACUCCCCCAUCACCUCUGUGGAGUCCUUCCGUUUCCUGGGCACCACCAUCACCCAGGACCUCAAGUGGGAGCCGACCAUCAGCUCCCUCAUCAAGAAGGCCCAGCAGAGGAUGUACUUCCUGCGGCAGCUCAGGAAAGCCAAGCUGCCUGCACAGAUGUUGGUGCAGUUCUACACGGCCAUCAUCGAGUCCAUCCUCACCUCCUCCAUCACCGUGUGGUUCGCUGGAGCCACAGUCAGGGACAAACAGAGACUACAGCGCAUUGUGCGCUCUGCAGAGGAAGUGAUCGGCCGCAGCCUUCCAUCGCUGCAGGACCUAAGUUUCUCGGAGCAGCGGGACAGUCUUCCUGGUCUAGUGUCAGUGAUGAAGCGGCUGGAGGCGGAGCGAAGGCGCACUCUCUACACCUGA